UUUUUCUUUCCCAUCUUGGUAUUUAGUGGUACAUGGAAAAAAUUGUUGCGUGACCAAAUAACUAUUGUUGCUAUUUUACCAAAUUUAUCAGAAGACGAUCCUUUAUCCCUGGAGGCGAUCGUAAAAGGGAUGAAACAGUGGAGUAGAGCAACGUGUAUCACAUUUAAAGAAAGGACGGACGAGAAGGCCUUCAUUUACUUUUUCAUCGGAGGAAGCUGCUCUUCGGAAGUUGGUAGAACAGGAGAUAAGCAGUAUAUUUCCCUGGCUCCACAUUGCUGGACGGCUGGAGAAGUUGCACACGAAAUAGCUCAUGCACUGGGAUUUUAUCACGAGCAAUCAAGACCUGAUCGUGAUGAAUAUGUCACCAUUAACUGGAACAACAUCGUUGAAUCCGAAAAGGUUAACUUUGCUAAGUAUGGGCCAUCGAGAAUAAAUUCACUUGGCGUCCCCUAUGACUACAGAAGUUUGAUGCAUUUCAGUGAUAAAGCCUUCAGUAAAAAUGGCGAGCCCACGAUAGUACCUAAGCAAGCUGGGAUACAAAUAGGUCAACGGAAAAGUCCAAGUGCCUUGGAUAUCAAGCAAAUGAAUUUACUGUAUAAAUGCAAUGGUGGAGGCGGAGGCGGAGGCGGAGGAGGAGGAGGAGGCGGAGGCGGAGGCGGAGGCGGAGGCGGAGGCGGAGGCGGAGGAGGAGGAGGUGGUGGAGAGUAUGGAGGCGCCUUUCCAUGCAGAGUCAGUGAUUUUGGGUCUCAGAAGUCUUGGGGUGCCGCUCAGCAGGUCUCUGAAGAGUCCAAUUACACGGGAUGA